AACAUAUAUUUUGCUUUUCCACGGGGCUAAUAUAUAUAUAAACCUGCAGUUAAAGAAACAUUGUCAUAAAUAGUGGCCCGGUACUUGGUCGCAUUUUUAAUUUAGCAAGCGGUAACAGGGGUGAGUAAGUAAACAGGUUAACGGAGACAAGUAACCGUUGAGCCGAGAGUCAGGAAAAAAAAUCGAGUUUUGCACGGCUCGUUCAAGACUCGCACAUCUCUAUUUACUACUCACUACAACAUACGUACGUACGUAGCCAAACAACACGAUGGCUUCAUCUGUUAAUUUCGACAAGAAAUAAAUCAAAAUAGGUGACAAACGCCUUGAGGUUUAAACACUACAUUAGGAGCUGUAAAAUGAUUUGAAAGCUUCAAGUUUUGACGUCGUGUGCAUGUAGCAGGUUAGAUAAACAAGCUAGCGCUCAAUUUUCAAGUUAGCCAGCAGUCCCCCCAAAAUGAGCCGAGACGUUCCCAUACACAGCUGGCCUGGCUCCUACUACAUACACUCAGACAAAAAGUGGGAGAAUGGUACCCUGUCCCUGAGCAGAACCUCACUGCGUUUCAUCUCCAACCAAACGAAGGAGAGCCUGGCUAGCUUUCUCCUCUCCAGGAUCAUUGAGAUAAAAAUGGAAUCGUCCAGCUUCAUUUUCAGCACCUUGACAAUCUUGGAAGAAGGCAACGUCAAACACUGGUUCGGUUCCCUGAAGCCCAACAGGGCGGUGGUUUACAACGUGCUGGAGCAUUUCUGGAGAGAACGCCUCAUGUCCUCCGGCUCGGAGGUCAAGGGUCCCACGGAAAGUCAGCCCUCCAAAGGCCGGGAGCUCAUCAGCCUUGUGGCCGGGGCUCAGAGACGACUGGAGGACACCGGGAGAGUGCUGAGCCACCAGGGAGAGCAGUUUGAUAACAUGAUGCAAGGCCUGGAGAAGAUUGACUCUGACCUGGGGGUGGCAGAUAAACUCUUGUCAGAGCUGGAGUCUCCUUCCUGGUGGCCUUUCGGUAAACUUCCCUGGAAGACUCAUCAGGAGGGCAAGGCUGAGGAUGCUGCUCGGGCGGCCGCAGCAGCCUACAAAGGCCCCAACAGGAGUAAAGUAAUCGCUAGUAUCCCUGCUGUCGUGUCCAAAGGCAGAGACUGUGACUUGAAGCCGGGCUGUCUCCUGGUGAUGGUGUCCUCCCUGGAGGUGAGGGACACGAGCUGCCAGCUGCAGCACCACUUUGAGCGAAACGAAAUAGACGAAAUCUUGGUGCACAGCCCCUACGAGAUCACGGUCAGGCAGAGGUUUAUUGGGAAGCCGGAUGUUUGCUACCGGCUCCUUUCUGCGAAAAUGCCGGAGGUGUUGUCAUUGCUGGAGAUGCAGUACAAGAAAAAGGUGGAGUUCACCAGUGAAUAUGCUGCCUUUAAGGGCACUCCUGUUUCAUCUCCAUGUGACGCAGAGUGCUCCAUUUCGUAUGAUGCUUUGGUGCACAGGUGCCUGGAGACAGACAUCCCGAUGGCCGUCCCGGCGGGAGAUUUGUCUCAGCUGCACGUGCAAGUCCUCCAGCCGACCGUCAGCCAGGCUGAAGCCCAAGAACUCAAGCAGAUGCUAAUGCAGCUGAAGAACCUGGCUCUGGAAGCAGAGACGGAGCUGGAGCGGCAGGACGAGGCACUGGACGUCCUGACCAGCUCUACGGACCGAGCCACCUUGCACAUUGAGAAGCACACCUGCCGUAUGAAGCGACUGCUGUGAGGACAACCAGAGACAUUAACUGUAUUUAUUAUUUAUUAGCAUUUAACUAUGACCCUUUUGCAAACCUGGAAGGCUCUACAUCACAUCACAAAUCCAUUUAAAGCUGGACAUUUUUUAAUAUCGGUCAUCAUUACUUUAACAUCAUUACAUCAUUACUUAACUCUCAUUUCCUGGGAUGUUGAGCAGACAGAAUGACAUGCACACAUCAAAACGAUGCAUAGAGCAUACAUGUAACGCAUGCUCCAUUACUGUUUUACAGCUAAUAUAAGACAUGCCCAUCACGUCUUGCAUGACUGUCACUGUCCGUAUAAGAUAAAAAAAAAUGCUGAAAUAACCCGUACCUGUGUAAUAUGCAUCCUCUAAAGAAGUCAAAUAUGUGUAAAAGACUCAUGGAUAUUAAUGAUGUCUGUAGUCGAUCACUGUAGCUGUUUAAAUACAUGCAACAUCAACAUGACAAUUACUUUAAUAAGGAAUGCAUGAACAAUAAUUGACUCAUCGUCUGUCAUUGAAAAGAUUCAAAUCCAAUGAAAUAAACCAUAACCAUCAUUA